AAUAAACAUUCUUGACUAUUGUAAGAUGGGAAUUCUGUCUGUUUUAUUUAAACCAGAACUUUACGAACUCUGAGUUGCAGACGGAGUAUUUUAAUUGAAAUUAACAUUGAGAACAUAAUUCUUUUAACAAUUGGUCCUUCGAGCCGGAUCCAAAAAUCUGUCCCUGUCUUCCUAAGGUAACACUCCGAAAACCGUGCAUGGGUGGGUCAUCAACCCGUAAAUUAAAGACCUGUCCCCUGAAAUUGGGGGUCCAUAACAGGCCGGCAUUUAUCUAAGGUCGACAGAGACGAUGACGGGAUCCAACCUACAUUGCUUUUCCCAGCCUACAAGACGAAGGACGAUGUUGUACACAGAGCUGCUGCGGUUGUGGGAUGAAGCAGUGAAGGCAGUGGAUGCCAGAGACUGGCAGGGAGCCCUGUCUAAACUGAACCAGAUCACUGAACCUACCUCCCGUACUCUGUUUCUGACUGCCUCUGCUCACCUUGCCCUGGGGCAGCUGGAGCCUGCCAUCCAGGCUUUAGACCAGACCAUAGCCAAGGAUGAGCGACUUGCAGUUGGCUUUUUCCAAAGAGCUGGAACACUCAUAAUGGCUAGCAGGCUGGAGGAGGCUCUGAAUGACUGUAUCUCAGCUCAGAAACACAUGAGAGGGAACGUGGUCAUUGACUACAGACAGCUGGGGCUACGCUACAAGCUCUACAGCUGGCAGGUCUUGUAUAACGCAGCAGCUGUCCACUCCAGGUUGAACCAGUUGGACAAAGCCAGAGACAUCCUGCUCUCAGCCUCCCAGGAGAAAGGAGGAGGGGGGCGAGGACUGAACGUGGAAGUGGCUUUACAUAGUCUCUCUAAGGGAGAGGUGCUGCCCAUCCUCCUGGUGCCAGAGGGAGAGGUGUUCCGGCCCAGGAAACAGGACGUAGAACAGCUGGGACAGAGAGACUUCCUGGGCAAACCAAUGGUAAUUUCCUCAAUGAUUCCCAAUGAUGACUUUGGUGGAUUUGAACCUCUCAGGAUCAAUAAACCAGGAUACUACGAGCCCAAGGUGGAUAGAGUGGAGGAAUCUCGCUACAUGCGUCUGCGUACCCCCUACAUGUCCCAAGCCCCUGGGCAGCUGACGGUGCCUGGGGGAGCCAUAGUGUUUCUUUUCAGUGAUGCAGACAGAGAUGGACUGGCCAUGGUCAUACAUGAUGGACAGAAAGGACUUGUUCCCAUGACCCUGCUGGACCCAGUGGAUGUCAACAAGUCCAAAGGCAGAAAAAAAAAUAAAAGUAUUCCCAGUGGGAUCCCCCUCCCACCGGGUCUCAAGCCGCCCACUCGCCCACAGAGCCAGCUUAGCCAUGAAGAACCUCCACAGGAGAGGCCUGAUAGAGAGGCAUCUCCACCCUCAUCUGCCUCUGCCACCCACCCACCAACCACCUCCACCCCACCACCCAGGAACCCACCCACGGUGGACAGUCCUACUGAGCUGACUGAGGAUCCUCUGGCCAACCGUACCAUUCUCUACCACAUGGUGGCACUGUAUGACUAUGCAGCUGAGGGACCAGAGGAUUUGGAGUUCAGUGAGGGAGACACUAUUGACAUUCUCAGUGAAGUUAAUGAAGAGUGGCUGGAGGGUCACUGUGCUGGUAACAUUGGCAUCUUCCCCAGCCUUUUUGCCUACCGGGAAGGAGAGGCCCCCUCAACCAUCGAUCGGAUGACCAUGUUGCUAUCAAACAAGGAAUAGGCUCAACUCUUGCUCACAGUUAACAACUUGAUACUUUAUUUUUUUUAUCUAAUUCAAGUUAAAAUGAUGACGGCUGUCAACGGCCUUCUUCAGAAUCAGUACGGAGACUAUGCAGCAUGUCAUCUCUUGGUGUUCUUCUGUGGUUGUCUGAUGGAGGACUACAUAAUUGGGUUUGCUGCAUGCCUGACCAAGCCACUGACAUUUUCCAUCCACUCAGAGGGAAUAGAGUGGGUAUACUGGGUAGCAUUUGACCAACAGGUCAAACUUAAAGUGUUUCACCUUUUCUACUUACUGUCAACUGCUGUGAAUGAAUGUGGACCACUGUUAUACUGUUAUAUGGUUGUUACUUCCUCCAUGAUCACGUAAACCUGUUAAACUAAAGAAGAUCUAGUGGUAA